AUCGCGUCCUUAUCGAGAUCGCCCGCUUUGCGUCAACUUUCCGUCCGUCUUCGCUUCCCUCCGGUUUUCUGAUUUAUCAACUUCUCAAUUCCCCACACGUUCCUCAGCCAUGCCGGGGUUGGAUUGUCUGGCUCUCGUUUGCCCCUUAUGCCCCCACUAGGCACGCCUUUCCGCCGCUCCUCUGCCUAUCCUCCGGCCGGCCCUCAGUUCGCAUCCACCCCGCGCUUUCUGCUUUCUCAACGCACCCCGGGCCCUGAUCGAGGUACACAAGAAAGCAAUGACUCGAUUGAUGCGGAUGAUGUCGAUUUAUUGUCGACCCCGGUCGCCACAAAACGAGGAAGAACCUCCGCGACGCGACGCGACGACGUCAUUGAGGAUCGAGACGAGGACGAUGAAGAUGUAGACGACAAUGGAAGGAGGGUCGCUCUCAGCAGCAGUCCUCCACAAGAUGCAGGUUUUCUCGAUAAGGAGUUCGAGGCGUUGUUUGGGCCGACAUCAGAUCGCUCAAAGCGACGUCGCGUUUCUACCCUGAUGGACGACACGGAGACGCCAGUACAGCCUCGGAGGAAACCGCCCACCGAUAUGAUAGUGUCUUCCUCUCCUCCAUCGCCUGCCGGAUCACCCGCGAUUGAGGCGAAUCUGUACACCCCAGGGCCUUCUUGUCUAAUGGCCACCCCGAUGAAAGUGUCGACUCCCAACACACAACCUCCAUCAACUCUCCGCAGCCAACCACGUUUUGUACUCUCCGCAACCGAUGCUCAUCCUCAAAGUAGCCAGCUACCACCGUCCGGUUUCAGAUCACAUCUUCAAAGCAGUACUCCGAACCCGACCCGCAAACCCGCCUUCGUCCUCCCGCGUCCCCCCUCACCGUCGCAAGUAGACAACUCAGCAGCCGCCAUCCCCACCCCAUUCUCUCCCUCCUCGCGUAUACUCGGCCGUCGUGGCCGUCCACGAGAUGGCGGCCCAACAUACUCUGCCGGCGGCAUGGCUGCCGAGGUGCGCAGUUGGAUUCUGGACAUGGGAGCCAAGCGCGACCAAGCGAAUAUGACGAGCCUCUCCUCUCGUCCCGCCCCAGACGUGCACGAUUAUGCUCUUGCUGUGAAGGUUGCUAGUGUCCGACAGACGACGCUGACAAGCUCGGGACCCCUGGCCUUCGUAAGGGGAUAUCCCGUUCUCACGUUGUCAGAGGAGACCCAAGGACCGGCCGACUCUGAACCUACUAAGAAUGUCGUACUUUUUGGUCCCCCUCGUGCGCGGCCCACUGCAUCGCCAACCGAGCAGGUCAUACGGAGUCGAGCUCCCGAUCUACAAUCUGGAAGCAUAAUCGGGGUGUGUCGGGGGCUGGUCUGGGAGAUCGAGCUGAGUGAUCUCGGGCUGGAAGGUGCUGUUGAGACUGCUAGUGCAGGGAAAUGGCUCGUAGGGAUGGAGUGGGACUUGAUUUCCUAGCUCUGCGACUAGAUGGGGUUGACAGACAUGAAUUGUAUGAUAUAUAUGAUACCCGGCCUGAGGAAGCGAUAGACCGCAAGGAGACCUUUCACUUGCUGCCAAGUGACAUUGAUCAUUCGAUCACGAUGGAAACCAUGUACAUA